UUUGUAGCGUGGGAUGUGUAGCUCUUGUUGCUCCCCAGCCUUUCGUUCUUGCUCCACCAUGGCGUUUACGGUCAUAGGAAGUCAGCCUGUUUUUUUUUUCCUCCGGCUGCUCCUGAAGACUUGCGUCCUCUGACCUUCUUCCUCUGGACCCAGGUGCGGUCCGGAGGACGUCACACUGGGGCGUUCGAGCGCCCUGCGACGCACCAGUUGGUGCCCUCGGUGGGGACGGUUGGAAGGUGUUCUCCCUCCCGCGGAGCCGGUGUGCCGGGAGGAAACCCGGAAUCCUUAGCCUGAGUCACAGAAGCUCGAUGGAUCAUGGAAGUGAGCACACUUUUGCUCUCUAGAAACGUUGAGGCCUUCUGUCACUUAGCGGUUAGAAAUACGGACUCUUCACACGUUUUGGUCAUCAUCCCUGGCAGUGCAAAACAAAAAAGGAAAGUUAUUGCCUUCAUCUUUGGUUCCUGUACAUUUUGAAGUGGAUACUUGCAUGAAAUUUUAGAAAGUAUGUCAGAGUCGGAAACAAUAAAUGUCAAUGGUCCCUCUCAAGACUUCUCCUACUCAGACUCGCCCUUCUGUAUGGAAGCCAGCUUCUCCUCCUCAGACCUGCUUCAGAGUGAAACAAAGAAUGUGAAAAGGGGAAAUGAGUCUACACACACGUUCUCUGAGGAUAUUUAUAGCACAGAAGGCAGUUUGUUAGGUGAUAUCAACCUUGGGAAUUACCCAGAGAGUGAGCAGAAUCAACCAGCUAACACUAGGCUUUCUUCCUUGAGACAAUUUGAACCCAUUUGCAAAUUUCACUGGAUAGAAGCGUUUAACGAUGAAAUGACAGUUGAAGACCUGAGGGGGGCGUUUUCUUACUCGGAGAAGCCAGAGUUGCCAAGCCAGGUAUACAAUGAUGCAGCAGAUGGCAGUGAAAAGCCAGAUCCAUUUAAGGAAGAAAGUUCAGUGGAAAGUAGCAUUUCCGAAAAUAAGGACGAACUUGUUCCCGCGCCAGUGAGGAAAUCUCCAAGAAGUCUAUGUCUAAACUACUACAGAGGAGAGGCACAGCCGCUCACAGAGGCGCCAUUCGUGAGAAGUGCCGUCGUAGAUGUCGGCCUCAAUAUCAGUCAGCCUCAAAGCUUUCUGGAUAAAGAAAAUGUCUGUAAAAAUGGUGACAAUUCGUCUGAUAGGGAGAAUUGCUUCGAGCAGCUUGACUUGAGAGCUAUUUAUAAAGCAGAGGAGCCUGAAGUUUCUUCAAAAGAAGUACAGAAUUCUGGAGAGAUUUCUGAGCUAUCAGUUAGUCACCAGGAAGAAGUCACAGAAGAUGGCGUUGACAGCCUCGCCAUUACCUCACCGUGGUCUCCAGCUGGCAUCUUCAAGGGAAGUGGGCCUCAGGACAACUCCCUGAGGCCUGAUAGAGAGGUCAGCUGUGAAGGCUUAGAGCCUCUGGAAGAGGACAUGGCUUUAAAUGAAGCCUUGCAAAAAUUAAAACAGACUAACAAAAAGCAGGAACUGCAGAUUCAAGACCUCCAUGGUAAGAACUUGAACUUAGAAAAUAGGGUUCAAGAACUACAGACAAAGGUCACCAAACAGCACGUGUUGGUUGAUAUCAUAAAUAAACUAAAGGUGAACAUUGAGGAGUUAAUCAAUGAUAAAUACAACGUAAUCCUAGAGAAGAAUGACAUCAACAAGAAACUUCAGGAUCUGCAGGAAGCUUCGGCUCACACCAAAAAGCACCUUCAGGAAUCCAAGAAAGACAAGGAGAGCCUCCAGCUCCAGGUGAAAAAGAUUAAGGUCCAUUACGUGCGCUUACAGGAAAGGUAUAUUGCUGAGAUCCAGCAGAAGAACAGAUCGGCCAGUCAGUGCCUGGAGAUAGAAAAGACCUUAAGCAAGAAAGACGAGGAGCUCCAGCGGCUGCAGCGCCACAAAGGGGAGCUGGAGAAGGCCACCAGUUCUGCCCUGGACUUGCUGAAGCGGGAGAAGGAGAUCCGGGAACAAGAGUUCUUGUCUUUUCAGGAGGAAUUCCAGAGGCGGGAAAAGGAAAGCCUGAAAGAAAGGCGGAAAUUGAAGUCGAGAGUUGAGAAGCUGGUCGCUCAAGUGAAAAGCUUGCUGUUCACCUGUGAGAGCGAGAGAGCUCAAACCAUGGCGCUCCAGCGGCAGGUCGAAGAGCUGAAGCUGGAGAACUUAGAACUCCGACAGCUGGCUGCGAAGAGGGAGGCCCAAGCUUGCACCCCUAGCUUUGAGAUUACUCAGUCAAAGGAGCAGCUGGAGGAAGCGGUGGAGCCGGACAUCACCCAGGAGACAAAGGGGACACAUUGUAAUUUGUUCCUGAAUCGCUCUUCUUGUAAAGAAAACCUGGAGCUCCAACCUCUGAAGAAAACUUCUCCGCUGGCCUCUGGAAUUCACAGCCUUUUGGCCCUGAGAAUAGGACUUCUCACGUGUCAGGACCUUGCCACGCCUGAUGCUGAGCUUUGCCAAGAGAGUAAGAAAGCUAAUGACAUAAUGCUGCAAAGACUGAAGGACUGUCAGCUUAAAAAGAAGGACUUAGAUAAAGAGCUAUUGAAACAUAAAAACAGAAUUGCGACUCUUAAAGAGUUAAUUGCUAGUGAAAAGGCACUUCAAGCCCACACUAUUGAGAUCACAGAUUUUGAUGCAGACGAGGUCAAGAGUGCCAGAGAUGCGCCUGUGUUGCUGGCAGUCAAACUGGAUAAAUACCACAGUCUGAAUGAGGAACUUGAUGUCUUGAAUACCAGAUAUGCAAUGAGUAUACAGACACAUAUGCAGAUUACAAAGCUGGGAGGGCUUCUGGAGAGCAAAGAAGACCACUACAGCAGACUCAUUGAGGAGAAUGACAAGUACCGGAGACACGUAGGCAGCCUGAUAAAUAAGGUAACGUCAUAUGAAGAAAUUAUCAAAUGUGCUGACCAAAGACUUGAGAUAUCACAUUCUCAGAUUGCACAGCUGUGAGGUGCUGUUCCUGUCUUCCGGGCUGUCCAGCCACAGGAAGAGCUCUUACAAGAAGCUACCAUGGCCCCACCCCUGUGGGUGGUAGAGCUAUGGUGAGGAUUGGCCACUCGCCUGCCCACCGGAAGGAGACACAAGAAGUCAGUUCUCUCCAGCUGACUAUGUCAGGAAUCAGCUGUCUUCACUGCAUCCCCACCAACACCAGCUACAAUCCACCACCAACUACCAGGAUGGUAGUUCCCGCUUCUGGGUGGAACUGCCAUCCUGCCUGUGCCAGCAGUUGAUCUGCAGAACAGACCUGGGCUUGUCAGCACUGCCUCCCUCCCCAUCCAACCCUCUCCCACCUGGUGGACAGACAGCCACCACACAGCAGACUCUCAGGGGGCUGUAGGGCAAAUUGGUCCUGAGAGCCCCAAUAUCGAACAUGGCAGUCAGUCAGUCAUCAAGUUUGCCAAAGGCCACCCUGGGCCCCAGAACUGAGCAGGCACAGUUGGUGAGCACAUAUGGGCCCAUUUGGAAGCUGGACCACAGCUCAGCAAUGGGAACCAGCACACAAGACUUCCCUCCUCCUUCAGUGACAGCUUUGUGGCAGGGUUACUCCCACAGGGUAAAGAGGAACUGCUGAGCGCCAGCAACUGUUGCUUGCCAAACCACUUACCCCAGAGAGCCACCCUGCAGCUAAUCUUUCCCUGCCAGAGUAUCACCAGCCCACAGCUCCACUCCCCAGAGUUCGUGAUACCCCGUUCUGCCUGUCAGAGGAUCCCCUAACCAGAGUGGGAGAACAGCCCCCACGCAUGUGGUUGGUUACCUGAGCAUCUGUUUGCAAACCCACACAAAUGAGAAACCUUACCACUGACAGAGGCAGCUGUGGGUAGACAUGCAGGCUCCAAUAAACUGCCAUUGGCACUACUGCAAUACACAGGACAUGGACCUUCCAUCAUGACCCAGCCUUCUCCAGAUGGGACUGCCACACCUUACAAUUCCUGGGCAGCUAGGUGUGCUGAUAUGUCUUUAAUCCCAGCCCUUGGGAAUGCAGUGCAGAUGGAUCUUUGAGUUUGAGG